AUGAAUUACGUAGUGACUUCUCAAUCAUCAUCACGUGAAUAUUGUUGUAUUGUUCAAGGUUGUCCGAAUGGACCUAUAUCAAAUUCAUCAAUUCAAUAUUUUUCUGUUCCAUUACAUUUGCCAAAUGUUGCACAUCAAUGGUAUAAAAAUACGAUGCGUACAGAUUUACGUCCAUCAUCUCAACACUCUGUAUGCGAAUGUCAUUUUGAAGAGCCAUGUUUUGAACAUGUUACAACAACGGAUCCUCAAACGGGUGAAAAAAAGACAACAAAAUGUUUGAAAUCGAAAUCAUUACCAACAUUAUUUGAUUUGGAUGUUUUCUAUAAAAUGAUUGCUUACCAAGAUAAAUUACAAGAAUCAAAUAAAAUGGUCAAAAAAACAAAUAUUACAUUUCAUACAUCGAAUCCCGAGUUAGAUGGCAAAACAUUAGAACCCAUAUUGAAAAUGAAUUUGGAAAGUGGACAUGUCAAAACACGUUUAGCCCCAACAGCUGCGGAAAACAAAAGUGCACAAUCCUCGCCAUUUGAAAGUAAAGCAACUAAUCGUUGUUUUGUGGAAGGAUGCGGGCAUGCGUAUGUGGCACGUCGACAUCGGGUUCAAUUAUAUAAAAUUCCACGUGAUCCUGAAAUGGCACGAAAAUGGCUGGAUGCCUGUGGUUCAUCAGCACCCGUCUCUCCGAUAACAAGCACAUUUAAAGUGUGUCGUGAACAUUUUACACCGAUGGAUUUUGAAGGUCCGACCACAUUACGAUUAGACGCUGUUCCAUCACAAUUUACAGCACAUUCACGUUUAUUAAUGAACAAACAGUCACCACAACAAUCAACAAUUAGACAACAGUCUUAUAAUGAAACUGUGAACAGUGACAUAAAUAAUCAUAAUAACAAUAAUAAUAGUAAUAUUAGUAAUAAUAAUAAUAAUAAUAAUAAUAAUAAUGCAAAACGAUUUCGCUCAGAUAAUAUAGCUUCAAUACGUCCUAAACAAAAUUCGGCCGAUGCGAAACGCAUACAAAAAACAACAAAUACACAAUCAUACGUUAAUUAUAAUCAAACACGUUUUCGUUCGUCAAAAAAUAGUCAUUUUCCUCAGAUUACGUCUCAAUAUCAACCGUUUAAUAACUCACAACAAAAACAAGAGUUUUCUCCUCCUCUCUCACCAUUACCUAGACGAGAGAGUAUCGAAGAAAGUAUUAAACAAAUGAUUCGAGAAACGAAACAACAAAUUGAUGUGGAAUUAAAUAUGAGUUGUAGUGAAGAACAAUUAACAGAUGCACAAUUAUCACAUUUUCCUGUAAAAGUUCUUGAUAAAAUAACAAAUUCUGCGAAAGCACAAAAUGUCCGUUCUCGUCCACCACCUCGUCAAUCUACACCUAACUACUAUCAACAGCAUUCAGAUAUAUUUGAUGACGAUGGAAUGGAUGACAUAGUAAUGGAUUAUGACGAUGAUAUAAGUGGAGAUAGUGGACUGAAUGACAAAGACUGGUUAAGUCAAACACAAGAUGAUCGUUUGCCAUGGUCAAAACGUGGUGGACGCGGUAGUCACUUUGGUCACAAUCGUGGCGGCAACGCAAAUUCUUCAUAUCGUGGUGGUGGACGUGGUUCUGUUCAGAGUGCAAAUCGUUCGCGUGGUCAUUUGCUCAAAACACAAUUUGUAAAACCAGAAGCAGCAAGAAAAGCGAGUAUCCCAUUUUUACAACCAGCAUUCGACCAUCCAACAGCACAUUACCCAAGAGAUCAACCGUUACCAAGAAUCAAGCCUGGAUCAGUCAGAACAAGAGAAGAAGGGCUUGAAGUUGAACUUGAACAAACUUAUCGACGAGCGUUACCGAAAUAUUAUGGUCAAAAACCUGGUAGAACUAUUGUCCUAUCAGAAUAUGGUGAUUAUCGUAGUAAAUGUCCAGCAUGCAAUGAAACAUUUGAAAAUAAUAUUCAACUAAUUAUUCAUCUAUGUAAACAUUUUGAAAAUAAACAACAACAUGACCAACAAGAACAAAAAGAAAAAGAGAGAGAAGAUUUUAUAAGUCCAUUUAAUCAAAUACAAACAAAAUGUGAACAAUGUAGAUCAGAAUUUUCAAAUCCUUAUUAUUUGUACAUGCAUAUUGAUGAAAAACAUAUGUUAGAUUUGAAUGAAUAUCAAUGUCGUAUAUGUCAACAAAAACAUGGAUCAUUGUUAGAAUUGAUAGCACAUUUGAAUUUAUGCCAUUGUGGAUUAGAAAUGCCAUAUUAUUGUGAAGUUUGUACAUUUCGAACGUCAAUGUAUAGCGAUAUGAUUUAUCAUAUUGACGAACUUCAUAAAAAUACUCGCUAUUUUUUUUGUCCAUAUUGCUUUGCUGCAAUACAAUUACCAAUAAUGAAUAAUUCAUUAGUUUUAAAUGGUUCACCAGCGUUUAAACAUUUACUCAUGCAUUUUAAUAAAGUGGAUAAUGGUCGAGUAACACAAUCGAAAUUUAAACAUUGUCGAAAAUGUACAUUACAUGUAAGAAGUAUUAAAGAUCAUUUAGCUCGAGACCAUUUGAAUAUUGUUGAUGGAAUAAAAGCCACGUAUUAUGAUGAUAUUGAUGAAAUGGAAAAACAAAGUGAAGAUGAAGGUGACCUUGAUGUGGGAGAUUCAUUCGAUGAAAAUAUUAUGCUUGAAGAUAAAACAUCGUCUGUUCGAUACGUUGCACCAUCCAAAACAUGA